AUGAGUACGCCGAACAAGCGGCGCAAGAAGACUCAUGACCAAUCCUCUCCUCGGCCUCCAGCUGUGAAGAGUUUGGACUUCUUCUUUGGCAAGCAGCCGGCUACGAAGGAGCUGCAGCACCAUGGCAGCAAUGGCCAGCAGAGUACGUGGCCAGUGGCAGAAGCAGAGGAGCAUCUGUACGGCGAUGGAGACGACAAAGAAGACUUGACAGACGAGCAACUGGCACGGAAGCUGCAGGCAGAAUGGGAUGAAGAGGCUAGGCAGGACAGGACGAAUGUGGAUGCAUCCCCCAAGAACAACAACAACAACAACAACAACAACAACAACAACAACAACAACAACAAUGCUGCAGAUGUGGAGGCUGUGGUGAAGGACAAAGUUCCCGAUAAGUCAAAGUCGCCCGAUAGUUCUAUACCAGCCGAGGAUGGAAAAGAAGACGCCACGGCGCUUGCAUCUCCGGCCAACAACGCUUUCGCAGCAUUGCGCAAGAAGAGCACCCUGUCCCUACAGUCAGCCAUCGCCGACGACGAUGUCAUCUCCCACGAUAUCCCUUUCGACGAAUCGCCGCUCACGUUCGACCCGCAGAAGUACCUACCAGGGUUAAGAAAGCAGUGGGCAGCCGAAGGUGGUAUGGCAUCCUACGCCUUGCUCACGCAUUGCUUCGUCCUGGUCAACAGCACGCAGUCACGCAUCAAGAUUGUCGAUACGCUGGUCAAUCUGAUUCGCACGUUGAUCGAAGGUGAUCCUGGGUCACUACUGCCUGCCGUCUGGCUGGCGACGAACUCCAUAUCUCCUCCGUACAUCGACAUCGAGCUGGGCUUGGGCGGGUCAGCAAUAUCAAAAGCAUUGAAGAAGGUGUGCGGAUUGGACAACUCAUCGUUGAAGACGUUGUACAACAAGCAUGGUGAUGCCGGAGAUGUCGCUUUCGAAGCAAAGAAGAGGCAGAGCUUGACCCUGCGCAAGCCGAAGCCGCUCACCAUCAAAGGCGUGUACGAAAGUCUCCACAAGAUCGCGAAUGCCAAAGGGACUGGCUGCCAGGAAGUCAAGCAACGCAUAGUCGAACGACUCGUACAAGACUCGAGAGGUGCAGAGGAGAGCAGAUACAUCGUACGGACACUCGUUCAACAUCUUCGCAUUGGAGCAGUCAAGACGACUAUGCUUAUUGCACUAUCACGAGCGUUCUUGCUCUCGAAGCCUCCUAACGCAGACUUCGACAUCAAGUCGCAAGCGGAUCUACGCAGACUGAACAAGCAAGAUCUGGCAGAGGUAUAUUCACACCCCGAGGAAUUGGUGAAAGCCAGCUUUGCUCGAAGACCCAACUACAACGACCUGGUGCCAACACUCCUUGAGAUUGGCAUCUGCGACGAACUCGUGAUUCGCUGUGGUCUGGCAAUGCAUAUCCCACUUCGGCCUAUGUUGGGUGGCAUCACGAGAGAUCUGGGCGAAAUGCUCACAAAGCUGCAAGGCCGUGACUUUAGUUGCGAGUACAAAUAUGAUGGCCAGCGAGCUCAAGUACACUGCGAUGAAAAUGGCAAGGUGACCAUCUUCUCGAGACAUCUUGAGCUCAUGACUGAGAAGUACCCGGACCUGGUCGCCCUUGUCCCGAAGAUUCGCGGCGAGGGUGUCAGCAGCUUCAUCUUAGAGGGCGAGGUGGUCGCAGUCGACAAGGAAUCUGGCAAUCUCAAGCCGUUUCAGAUCUUGGCCAACAGAGCACGGAAGGAUGUAGUGAUCCAAAGUGUCAAGGUUGACGUCUGUCUCUUCGCCUUCGAUCUGAUGUACCUCAACGGCGAAGAACUCCUUGGCCGGUCGUUCCGCGAGCGGCGAAGUCUGCUCAGAAGUCUGUUCGUAGAGAUUCCAAACACGUUUACAUGGGUCAAGAGCAUGGAUGCCACAUCAGCGGACGGUGAAGCAGUCAGCGACUUCUUCAAAGGCGCGUUGGACAUCAAAUGCGAAGGCAUCAUGGUCAAAGUCCUGGACAAUGUACCUAACCCAGAGCUACAGGCUGAGAUGGAUGGCGAUGCAGGCGAUGAAGUUCCUACUACAAAACCUGCCGCUCCAUCAAAGGCGAAGAAAGGCAAAAAGUCGAAAGCGAAAGCCAGUGCACAGGAUGCGGCCGAAGAUAACACCGAGAAGAAAAGCGGCCGCCGAAAGGCUCUGCUCUCUACUUACGAACCCGACAAGCGUCUCGACUCCUGGCUCAAGGUCAAGAAAGACUACGAUACCCAAACAGACACCAUCGACCUAAUCCCAGUCGGCGCAUGGCACGGUCAAGGCCGGAAGAAUGCCUGGUGGUCACCAAUCCUGCUCGCAUGUCGCAACCCAGAGACUGGCAGCCUCGAAGUAGUGACAAAAUGCAUUUCCGGUUUCACAGACGCCUUCUACAAAGCCAAUCGAGCCAAGUACGACCCAGACAAGGGCAUUGAUGAAGAAGGCAGCAACAUCAUCAGCCGUCCGAGCUAUGUCGAGUAUGGAGGCGAGCCGACUGUGUGGUUCGAGCCACAAGAGGUGUGGGAGAUGAUUUUUGCGGACAUUACACUCUCGCCUACUUAUACUGCUGCCAUUGGACUGGUUAGUGAGGAGAGGGGACUUUCGCUGCGCUUUCCGCGCUUUCUCAAGGUGAGGGAGGAUAAGGGUAUUGAGGAAGCUAGCACGAAUCAGUUUCUGGCGGAUUUGUACAGUAAACAGCAGGCGAGGGCGCCUGUGGCGGGAGCUGUGGUCGAAAAUGUUGAAGAAGAUGAAUGA